AUGCUGCUUACCAGCAACCAGAUCACUGUCAAGUCCGGGCAUGAGAUUUCCCACUUUUCCCCUACAGGGAUGGUAUUCGACGAUGGUUCGCGUGUGAUGGCCGAUCUUGUCAUCUUCGCAACUGGGUACUCCAAAACUACGAUCAAACAAGUCGCUGAGAGCCUUUUUGGGCCACAAGUCGCGGAUGCCGUGCAUGACCUUGGAGGAUGGGAUAGUGAUUGUGAGCUCGCAGGUGUUUGGAGGCCGACUGGACGUCAGUAUUCUGUUGAUUUGAUUGCGCGACUCGGGGAUGCUGAUGUUCUACUCCAGACGAUGGACUCUGGUUUGCAGAAGGCGAUCUCUUUGCAGCACGGUUCUACUCCAAGUCCUUGCGUUGCAGAUAAUGGCGAGGGAGAUGGGAUUGCUUAG